GUCGAACAAGAAGGCGGCCUGCCUGCUCUUCAGAAUUGAUAGAAGAAACGCAAGAAAGCUGGUCGUUUCUUCCGUGAGCCGUGAGGACACUUGUGUCUAGCAUCAGGAUGCUCCAUCGCGAAACCUCGUGAUAUCGCGACAAGUGCCAUCCCUGCUUAUCGCAUGCAUAACAACACGCCUAGGAACUAAAGAGGGGAAAGUGCAGCCUCGGGACCGAAGUCUGGAGAGGGGUCUAAGAAGGGCCGUUCCUCUCCUCCCAUUCUCAUUCUCCUCUUGUCCAUCCGAAGUGCCUCAAGCCAUUCAAAACGUCAAAGAGUAAAACACCACAAUGAACCAGGGAUCCUCCAACUCCAACUCCAACCCCAGUUCGGGCUCCGGUAACGCGGGAUCCGGCAACUCUGGCAGCGGAGGCUACACGACUACUAGUUCUGGCACGAACAGCCAGGGCAACCACUACUGCAGCCGUGACUACGGUUCAAGCGCCGAGAAUCAGAACUCGUACCACUACUCCAACAAUGAUGGCUCGUAUUACUACAGCAAUCCUAACGGCUCGACAUACUACAACGAUGGCAACGGAAACGCCAGCUACAAUUCUGGCAAAUAAGCCGUUGAUAUGACCUGGAGGAGGACUGUUAACGGAGGGCUAC